CCCUUGGCCUUCCCGGCGGCCCAUGCCCUGCCCACGUCAUCCCAGCGCCCGCUCUCCGCGCCGCACCCCGCCAAGGACGCUCAGGUGCUCGUCCUCGGCGGCGGCAUGGCCGGCAUCACCGCCGCCCGCGCCCUGCACGAGGCCGGCGUCACCGACUUCAUCGUCGUCGAGGCCGGCCAUGAGCUCGGCGGGCGCUUGAUGAGCCACCGCUUCGGUGCCCCCGGACGCGAGCACACCGUCGAGCUCGGCGCCAACUGGGUCCAGGGCACCCGCCGCGGCGACGGCCCCGAGAACCCCGUCUGGACCCUCGCAAAGAAGCACGGCGUCCGCACCCAGAGGAGCGCCUACUUCGAUGGCCUCACGACGUAUAACGAGCAGGGCCAGCUCGAUUUUCGCCACGUCGUCGACGCGGCCUCGAAGAACUUUGACAGACUUGUCGCCUCCGCAGGUUCACGCUUGCCAGAAAGCCUCGUCGAUGCGAGUGCCCGCACAGGCUACUCCAUCACCGGUUCACAUCCACACACGCCAGAAGAGAUGGCGGCGGAAUAUUACCAGUUCGACUGGGAGUUCACAACCAGCCCCGAAGAGUCGUCCUGGCUCGCCUCCGCCUGGAACAACAACCACACGUUCUCGGCCUUCUCGGAGGAGAACCUCAUGUCGCUCGACCCCCGCGGCUUCAAGACGCUCGUGCAGGCCGAGGCCGCGGCGUUCCUCGCGCCCGCGCAGCUCCGCCUCAACGCGACCGUCACCGCCGUCGCGUACGACGCGCACGGCGUCCGCGUCGCCCUCGCCGACGGGCAGACGCUCGCCGCAGACUACGCCAUCUGCACGUUCAGCCUCGGGGUGCUGCAGCACGGCGACGUCGCGUUCGUGCCGCCGCUGCCGGCGUGGAAGACGGAGGCGAUACACAGCAUGACGAUGGGCGAGUACACGAAGAUCUUCCUCCAGUUCCCAGAAAAAUUCUGGUUCGACACCGAGACCGCACUCUUCGCGUCACGCGAGCGCGGCCGGUACCCGGUGUGGCAGAGCCUCGACCACGCCGCCUUCCUGCCCGGCUCGGGCGUCCUCUUCGGGACCGUCACGGGCGCGUUCGCCCGGCGCGUCGCCGCCCUCCCGCGCGCCGCCGCGCAGGCCGAGGUCCUCGCCGCGCUGCAGGCGAUGUUUUUCUCGGACGAUCAGAGCCAGAGCCAGAGCCAGAGUGGUGGUGGUGGCGGUGGCGGUGGUGGGCGGGCGCGGACGAUGCCGGAACCGGACGCGUUCUUCUACAAGACCUGGACGAGCGACCCCCGCUUCCGCGGCGCGUACGCGACGUGGCCGCCUGGCUUCGUGGCGGAGCGUCACGUCAAUUUGCGCGCGGACGUCGGCGGAGGCUAUGUUGGCGAGGACGGCGAGGAGAGGGAGACGCCGCGCGCGGGACGCGUGUGGUUCGCAGGCGAGGCGGGCAGCCUGCGGUACUUUGGGUACCUGCACGGCGCGUACUUUGAAGGUCAGGACAUCGGCGCGCGCGUUGCACGGUGCGUGCUGCAGCGCGGGGUGUGCCCCGGGCUCGAGCAUGUCGAGGCCGUGCGCAACGUGCGGCCGUACGGCGGUGUGUAGGGCGUUGCUGGUCUCGGACUGGCGUGUACGAGGGCGGUUUGCAUGUAGGAAUGCUGUGGUCUGGGUUGUACAAUAGUGUAAGGAUUUGUCUUUUCUUCUCUCUGUUGGUUUACGUAGCCUUGUUUCUCGUACGGUUUAAAUUGUAUUGUAGUCAUCAAGAUAUUGCGCUACGGAUAUCAACAUUCUGACAGCGCGAGGACCUUUAGAGACGAUAAGAGCUGUAGCCUACACACGCUCCACUUCCCCUCGAGUCUCGUACUGUAUCUUCUGCCGCUCCGCGCUGAGCAUGAUCGACGCCAUCGCUACAGAAAAGUUGCC